AUGCCGUUCAAAGUUGUUCAAACCUUGGAGGGAAAGAAAUAUAAAUUAUUUACUAUUCCAUCGGGUUGGGAAUCUAACAAUAUUCUCAGAUAUCCAAAUAAAUGCAUAUCAAAGUAUUUAAAAGAUGAAAAUUCAACACCAACGCUAGACUGGGACGUAAUAAAAUGUAAAGUAAAACGGACCGAUGUAUUAAGCUACGAAAACGGAGAAAAGCUUGUAUCUGAAAUGCUGAAGCACAGUGAUACGGAGGACGAUGUCGAUAAUUAUACGCAGCGGCGACGUUCACAUAACAAAUCUUUAAAUCUGAAUCCAAUAGCACAAGAUAUGAUGGGCAAUGUUGUUUUGACUAACCGUAACACAGACAUAGCGUCAUCGUCCGCUGACUUGCCGAUUGAAUUAAACUAUAACUUAGUUUAUACCGAGGAUAUUCAAGCAAAUUCAACAAAUACAUCUCAAGUCUUUUCAAAUGAUACUACACCUUUAGUACAGGAUUCAGUAAGCUUUGACAUCAGUAAAAUGUUUGAGAACCAAAAACAAAUAUUAGAUAACCAAGCAACUAUUCUAAGCCAAAUUUAUCAAAAUCGACAGCAGCAACUGGAUAAUAACUCGGCAAUUAUCGCCCAGAUUCAGUCUCUAAAAAAUGUGCAAAAUAGUUUCAUUCAAAAGGUGUCUGCUUUGUCUGUGCAAAUGGAAGACGCAGUAUUUCAAAUAACUUCAUCGUAUAAUCAAGACGUGCAAACUUUAAAUAGCAGCAAAGGCCAUGUUGAAAAUAUUCCAAUAUAUGAAAAGCCAGUUGACAGCGCCCAGGAGUUAGAUGAACUCGAAAAUCAGUUAUCGGACCCAAACAAUAGAGACUGUUUGAAAAAUAGAUAUUCUAUACUUUGUUCUGGAGGUAAAGCUAUAGACUGUGCUUAUAUGCUUGUUGAUGUUAUGUUUACAAGGAAAUUUAUUUGUGAGUGCUCAUGGAGUGGGGGGCAGCAGAGGUGA